GCCAGACCGAAGUCUUGAAAAGUGCGGUCGGUUGGCCUCCUAUUAUACCCGGUACCGGUACCGUACAUGCUCGAUCGCGAAGCUGGCUCUACGAGUCUUAUCUUUUAUUUGACAUCAUUCAGUGAUUCCAAUGGCUGGAAGACCAGACGAGAAGAACCUCGAAAGCAGACGAGAAUAUCUGGAGAAAAGUCAUGUUGGAAAGUGGGUGAGAGAUUCACUUUCUAAGAUCAUUGCUAACCGGCCAGAAGAUCCCAUACAGUUUCUUGCCAGCUACUUUGAAAGUAUUCGGGAGAAGGGUAAUCGAGUAGUGAGGGCACAUCAAGUGCUGUAUCUCACUCAUCAUAGUCGUUUGGCCUUUGAUGAUAAUGUAGCCACAGCCUACCAGAUCUUGAGUACACCAUCAAGUUCUAAACAUUCUUUUGGUUUGACUGGAUCAGCUUAUAAGGAAUUGUUGCGGAAAAUUUUAAGGUUUGUUCCAGAAACGGUAGAAGAUGAUAUCAUGAAAAAGAUCGGCCCAAGAGACCAUGAAUUCAUUCCACUUGAUGUGUUUCAUCAUGGAAUACUGACUGCAUUUGUACUUAUUGAUUUCUUACAGCAAUCAGAAGGAUUAUAUAAAUGUUUGGACUCUCAUUCGAAUGGUCAGGUUCCUCAGAUUCUUUGUGAAGCUGUUCUUCAUGAGCUCAAGGAGUCUGUUACUUCAACAUCUACAGAGCCUAUAUCGCGAAAGCUGGAUCCGCCCUUGAUGAAGGAGGUCACAACACACAAAUCAAGUUUAAAUGUUGUACAUCAUGAUUUCUACAAAUGAAGAAAGCAUGCAGAUCUACAUAUUACUGAGAAUGUCAAUUGACUUGAGUAUUAAAGGGAUGGAUAUAUACAAAACUCAUAAACCUUCAUUUUGUCAGUUUUUCUCUAACUUAAAAUUAUGUUGAAAUGGGUGGCACUACAUACAAAAUAUAAAUUUAUUUCAUUUAUGACUUUAUAGAAAGCAAUUGAAAUUGUAAAAUUGACAAAAGUAAUUGGUAAUUGAAAAAAUGUAAUUUAAUUGAAAACUAAUUGUAAUUGAACAUUUCUUCAAUUACUUAAUUCUAAUUGAAGAAAGUAAUUGAGCCCAACAAUGGUGAUGGCAGAGGUAGGGCUCUCCUCUCAGCUUGUCAUCUGCAACUACCCCCUCUUGAGUUUUGGAAAGAGUGCAGUUAUGCUCUCUGAAUGUGCAUUGAGGAUGAAAAUGGUUGGUGUCAAGCUCAUGAAUCUCACCCCUCCCCCCUCAAUAUUUCUACUACUCUUCACAAUUUUUUUUCUCUUCUUCUGGCACCUAAUACCUGCACAGACCAAUCAAAUCUCUUUGAAAAGUAGAAUGAAGCAUGAUGCCAUGAGUAUUUUUGUGCACCUUAGCAGAUUGGAGAAAUUUCCUUUAUGGGAGUGUUGCACAGUUAAACGUAUAAUACGCUAUGUCUGAAUGUAUUUAAAAACGUUGUCGUAUGUCUGAACAAGACUUAGAGAGUGAGCUCUUCAUUAUGAUUACUAUGGAAAUAUUGUGAAUUUGACUACACUGUGUCUGUAGGUGUAGAGGAAACUGUGUCAAGUACGGGUCGCUAUUGUUAUGAAAUUAUUAGGAUUGUGGGGAACGUCCCUGGAAAAAAAAUGCACAAGAGAUAUUCCCCGCACGCAUAUUUGUCACGCAUCUCUUUGAUCCUGUUUUCGUAUUAGCUCAUUCUAAUGCCCCCUCUAAAAACACGCCCCUAGAUGUGAUGGAGGCAUGAUCGACUUUAAGCCAACUAGGCGUUGUAUUUUCACUGCAAGGAGUUAAUACGAUCUAUUGUAGAACCUUGAUGGCCUUAACAACCGUCAUAUUCAUUUCACCUUCACGUCUGUAUGAUUUUUAAAGAGUUACAUGUACAUUCAACUAUGUUAUCACAGAGUUUCUGCCAAAUGAGUUAAGAUUUCAAGUCUAACAGAGCCAAGCCUGAAAAAAGGAGAAAAUAAGAUAAUUUCACUCAUUGUACAAUCAUUUAAGACUAAUGUAGCACACAAGAUAUUAAGUAGGUCUACCAAAUUAAGGUGCAAAAUUCAAAACUGCAUCUACAUUUAGCCCCAAUUAGACUGCCUUGUACAUGUAUAUAUUAAACAGAAUUCCAUUAGUCCAUUUGAUUGAAAUGAAUUUGAUGUCAUAUGAGAUGAUUUGAAUUUUCUGUCUUAUAUUAAGCAUGAGCAAAAUUUAUUUGCAGUUACCUGACUGACCUAGGUGUCAAACUUGCUGACUUUUAUGUGUUUAAUUCAAAUUUGACCCCCCCCCCCCCCGAAAAAACAAAAUGUGCCAACCAAACUAUAUUUUAAUUAUUUUGCCUACUUUUUAUUUACUGGAAAUGGCGUGGCAGAACAACAUCCAUGACAUGAAGGGGGGGGGGGGGGAACGAACGACUGACCAACUCACCCCCAUUUUGUUUUUAGGCCAAGAAUGACUUCACGUAUGAAUAGUACCUGGCAAUAUAUUAAAGAAUGAAGAUGUUAUGAAUUCCUCUUUGUUGAUAUGCCUCUAUAAGUUUGAACUAUUUUUUUCCCAUUUAUGUCAUGGACAAUCAUCUUUUACUCAGAGAGGCCGUUCUCAUUACACUUUCUAAAACUAGUUUACUGGAAACCGAUUCAGGAAACCACUUUGGAAGAUUGCUUUGCUAGCGUUCCCACUUGAUCACACGAAAGUGGUUUUCAAAAUCACUUCACGUAAAGCGCUCUUGUUGCUAUGGAAACGCUCUCAGUGGGGUGACACGUUUUGCGCGAAAUUUGAAACCGCAGCAUAGGCAUUCUACACCUGUCGUGUGGAGUAGCGCGCUCAAAAAGUGCGAAGAUCGCUUCCCAAAGAAUGGUUGUGUCCUCACUUACGCUAAAACCAGUUUAACAAGGCAAAGCGAUCUUGAAAACUACAUCGCGAGGUGGUUUUCCAAACUGGUUUGGAAGAUCGCUUCCAAGACCGCUUCGACCGUUCUCACUACGCGUUAAACUAGUUUCCACUAAACUAGUUUUAAGGAACGUAGUGAGAACAGCCUCAGAGUAACACAAUGCAUACUAUCCGUUCGGUAUAUUGAUUUUGAUUGAUGUUUUGUGCCCUUGAUGCAAGGUUGGUUUUAUUUGUCAAUUUAUUCAGAAAAGUCCCCAAAAAUCAUCCUCUGGGAUACAGGUAUGUUUAAUAUUUCAGAUUAACCAACCUAGCAUCUGUGUAGACAGGCCAGUCUUGAAAGCACAGUACUCAGAUUAAUGGUUUACACCUUUCUGUUUUGGCUAGAUAGAUAUUAUUGGUUUUGCUGUUUGUAGGUCCCAGUCCGUACUACCAUACAGAUACCCUAACUUCCCGCAAGCAUUGUCUCCAUGUUUUUUUUUUUAUAUUUAGACAGAUGUUGCGUGAUAAGUUUUUUUCUUUUUUUCUUUUUCUUUUAUUAAAAAACAAUUUGAUAUUAAGGUGUCCUUCCCCUUGGAGAUGUUUUUUAUUUUACUUUUUGAUCCAAAAUAUCAAGGCUGUGUGUGUUUUUCUAUUGAGAGUAUAUCACAUGAAGAGUGAGUGUAAACUCUGAUUACACCCUCAACAAUAGAUGAUUUCUUGGAAUUGGCCUGGGAGAUUUGAAUGCCAUUGCUCUUCUGAAUGCUUUUGUCACAUAUUUGCUCCACUGGGCAUGCUAUUUUUGUAUUGGGUUAUUGUUAGGAACACAAAUGAAAGGAAAUCAAAAGUCAAACACUUGGACCCAAUCCAAUUUACAUUUUUUCAUAAAAUUGUUCAGAUAUUUAAGGAGAUUAUUGUUCAUUGUGUCUUGUUCAGGCAAGUUUGAAGGAGACAAAUACGGUAUGAAAACGAAACCCAUAUAUCAGUACCCCACUCCCCCGAGAUGAAUAAUAAUGCUUGGGAAACCUUAUUUUUAAUUUUUAAUUGGUAACCAGAGGACAAGUCUGCUCACGCAACCAAUGCGUUGUCCUUGAUUGCAGGCUUCUUUUCGUUUAUGUAUUUUCCCUUGCACUUUUUUUAGUAAGAAGGUCUCAUAACCUCAUUAGUCUUCAGGCACAGACCUUGAUUGUUACUUUAAUCUUCCCUUUGGAUCUUAAAGAUAAAUACCAGUUGUGGUAGCGAUCUCAUAAUGAGUUUGAACUGAAUCCAAGGGAAUUACCACCAAAGUGUUUGUAUUUAUGAAUAAAAAUAUGUUCCAAAUAGCUCUAGAAGAAAAUGCAUAAUUGAUGAGAAAUAGCAAAAUAAGCACAGAAUUCCAUCAAACGUCAGGUAUUUUUCGAAGCAAUAUUAAUACAUUGUCCUACAUUUGCUUUUCUGUGUUAGUGAUCAUCAGAAUUAUCGAUUUUGAGCCGAGAUUUCAUGAUUUUACAAAGACAAGUUUACAUUAGUAUACCAGAUCUAUAUGUAUGAUAAUAUUUUGACAAUAAAUCUUGAUUUAAUGGACUUUCUCAUG